AUGGCAGAACCGGCCGCGGGCUGCCUCCCUGCCCACGACAUCUCUGUCUUUCCUGACCGGCUGCGCGGCAAGCGAGUCCUGCUGUGCACCGAGUCGUUUGGGCCCGUCAACGGGGUCUCGCGCACGACGCUCAUGCUGGUCGACCACCUGCGAGCCCAUGGCACCAACGUGGCUGUGGUGGCCCCCCACAACCACACGCAGGUCGACACGUUUGUGCCGGCAGUCCAGGUCCUCGACACGGCCGAGAUCCGCAUCCACGGCUAUCCCCUGCCCUUCAACCCGGAACUCUCCAUCGUCUAUCCGGUCCGCCUGUCGGUCCUCUGCGCCCGCGCCUUUGGCGACCGUCCGCCCGAUCUGAUCUACCUCGCCAGUCCGGCCUCGCUCGGCUUCCAGGUGCUGCUUCAGCUGCGCCAACAGCCGGCAGCCAGCCAGACCCCCGUGCUAGCCAACUUCCAGACCGACCUCGCUGGCUACUGCGCCAUCCUCUUUCCGCCGCCGCUUAACACGCUCGCCGUCUGGACCUUUGCCCAGGUCGAGGGCUUCCUCUUCCGCCACCCGUCCGUCAAGACGGUCUUCUAUCCGAGCCGCUUCGUGCGCCGCUACCUCGAACGCAACGGCAUCGGCCCGGCCAAGAUGCAGCUGCUGCGCCGCGGCGUCAACACCGACCUCUUCCGGCCUUCUCGCCGCAGCGCCGCCCUGCGUCGCGUUCUAGCGCCCCACGGCGAGCUCGUCCUCGUCUGCGUCGCCCGUCUGGCCGCCGAGAAGGGCUUUGCCUUUUUGGCCACCGUCGCCGCCGAGCUGCACCGCCGCGGCCUCGCCUUCACCCUGCUCGUCGUCGGUGGCAACCGCAACGCUGCCGUCGAGGCCGAUAUCAAGGACCUCUUUGCCGACCUCGUGCGCGCUGGCAGGGUCGUCUUUGCCGGCUUCCAGACCGGUGACGCGCUGGCCGAGUCCUACGCCUCGGCUGAUCUCUUCCUGCACUGCUCCGUCACCGAGACCUUUGGCCUCGUCGUGCUCGAAGCCAUGGCCAGCGGCGUGCCUGUCAUCGCCCGCGACGAGGGCGGCCCCAGCGACACUGUCGUCCACGGCGUCUCUGGCUUUCUCGUCUCGCCCGUCGAUCUCGACGACUUUGUCGAUCGUGUUUUGCUGCUGGCCUCUCGUCCGGACCUGCGCGCCGAGCUCGCCGCUAACGCCCGCCGCCAGGCCUGCGACGCCACCUGGGACAAGAUCAACAAUACCGUCGCCUGGCGCAUGUCAGACGCCAUCGAGCAGCACGAACAGCACGCCGCUGCCGCCGUCAUCAGCCACUCGACACCGCUGCUGGGCGCCACCGUUGGCACCAGACCCGCCACCAGCUCGCACUAUGCCAUGCGCGGGAAGCAUGGCCAUUUCGUGUCGCCCUGGCAGCUUUGCGUCCACGGCCUGAACACGGGCCUCGUCGAUGCUCGGCUGGCCGCCGGGUUGGGCAUCAUCCUGGGCUUCUGGGGCGUGGUCGGCCUCUACCUGGUGUUCAUCCAAGCCGCGCUCUGGAUCAAGAGCCGCAUCCGGCUGGCGGUAUGA